UCAUCGGCGGCGGCUGCUGUGUCCGCGCGUCCUGGCGGAGGGUCGCGAGAGGUGCCAGUUGCCAUAGUGACAGCGUCCUAGUAAUAGCUUCCGGCGGAAAUGGAAACGACAGCGGGGAAGGGGGCAGAAAGCAGGGAAGACAGAGGCACCAGAGACCUGUGGCGGGGGAUAGGAUCACGUGACCUCGUGAUAAUGCUAUGACAUCACCGUGACAUCAGCAUGGGGUCACACCGAUGCCUGCGCAGAUGGAGGACGGGAGCAAGUGGGUGGAUGGUGAGAUUGUCCUGCUUGAAGAAGAUCCAUCAAUCUGACUGCAGACCGGGGGAUAAUUAAAUCAUCAUUAUCUGUUUUUGCCAAGACAUGAAACCUUUCGAUGAAGCGUGAUGUCCGCAAGUCCACCUUGGAUCUGUACAGAAAAUAUUCAGUUUACAUUUAACAUGAACUUAGGAAGGCUUUAGCUUGGUUUCAGCUCAUUGUCCAGGUGCGACCCCAAGUAGCCCUACACUUUGCCUGGACUAACAAGCCAACUUACAAUUAACCGUCCUCUUAUUUGAACGUCACAAGCCAGUUUGUGCUGAGAGCCAAAUCCUCCUCUAGACACAGAUUGGUACCCCCCAGGGGAAUGCCGCGCAAGGUCAGCGUGGCGGCCUGGGGGGCGGCCCUCUUUAUCUUGUGGAAUGCCAUUCUUCUCCUCUACCUCAUGAGUCGCCCAAAAGGCCCUGAUGCUUUAGACCUUACAGAACACGUAAUACGACUGGCUGAAGAGGCCGAAUCGGAGUUGGAGAAGCAGAAAGGGCUUCUCCAGCAAAUCCACCACUACAGUGGCUUGCUUAACCGCCGGCCUGCUGCACUGAACGCUGCACGUGGCCCUGAGCUCCCCCAGCGACUUUCCAAUGUCUCCUUUCCAUCUCCAACACCUGUGGCCCCUGAGCCACUCUCCGUGGUCAUUCCAGUGCUGGUAGUGGCAUGUGACCGGCCCUCCGUCAGGAAGUGCCUGGACUCCUUACUGAAGUAUCGCCCCUCGGCAGAGCAGUUCCCUAUUAUAGUGAGCCAGGACUGCGCCCAUGCGGAGACCUCAAGGGUCAUUGACUCCUAUGGCCCCGCCAUCACUCAUAUUAACCAGCCUGACCUCUCCGAGGUCCCAGCCCCUCCUGAACACAGAAAGUUCCAAGGUUACUACAAGAUUUCCAGGCACUACAGAUGGGCGCUCAACCAGAUCUUCAGAGUCAUGGGUUACAAAUCGGCCAUCGUAGUGGAGGACGAUCUAGAAGUGGCUCCAGAUUUUUAUGAAUAUUUCCAAGCUACACAUUCCCUACUCCGGCAGGACCCCAGCUUGUGGUGUGUCUCUGCUUGGAAUGACAAUGGCAAGGAGGCUCUGGUGGAUGUCAAGGGCAGCUCCAUACUUUACCGCUCUGACUUUUUCCCCGGCCUCGGCUGGCUGCUGCUUUCGGAGCUGUGGGAAGAACUUGAACCCAAGUGGCCUGCAGCCUUUUGGGAUGACUGGGUCAGGCGUCCUGAGCAGAGAGUCGGCAGGGCUUGCCUGAGACCAGAAUUACCUCGCACUCGAACAUUUGGAAGGAAAGGGGUUAGCCAAGGACAGUUUUUUGACCAGCAUCUGAGAUUCAUCAAGCUGAACCAGGACCCAGUGGCCUUUACUAAGAUAGACCUUUCAUAUCUUCUGAAAGAAAAUUAUGAUCCCUGGUUUCUGGGGCAGGUUUAUGAGGCACCAAAGGCCCGAGUAGAAGAGGUACUCCAAGGGCAAGUGCCCGGUGGCAGGACGGUGAGGGUGGAGUACUCCAAUAGGGACACUUUCAAGGCUAUGGCCAGGGCUUUUGGUGUUAUGGAUGACCUAAAGUCAGGGGUGGCCCGGGUUGCCUACAUGGGAGUUGUGUCAUUUACACACCGGGGCAGAAAGGUGUUUUUGGCUCCCCCUAAGGAUUGGAAAGGUUAUGACCCAUCAUGGACUUAAGGUGAUCUGUGGUUGCUCCAGGUUUAAGGAGAGCAUGGGUGUCAGGAAAGCGAGAGAAUACGUAGGGGACUUUUAUCUCUCUAUGAGAGCUUCAGAGUAUCCAACGUUUUUAGGUGCUAUCUGAUGCCAGGUCUCCCGGAGAUCUGAUAGAACACCAGAAACCACUUAGCUGAACGCCACUAAUUACAAUGCAGAAGCAAUGGCUGGAUCUACAGAAAGAGUUGCUGGAGAGAUGACCAGCUGCCUUUGGACCUAGACGAGGCAGCUCUGCACCUAUGCAUUCAGGAAGUGAUCAUCUCAGUCAACUGUGGUUCCUGGCCAGGGGGAUAGCUUGUCUUCUCAAGCCUCCUCGUUUUAUUACUUCACCUCAAUAAAGUGACCUUUAUACCCAAUGA